CUCUCUCACUUUCCGUCUUCUCUCAAAUCUAAAGCUCUUCCCAUUUCAUUAAAACUUCUGGUUUUCAUAGCUUUUCCAACUUUAAUUUCUUUUAGUACAAAAAGGAAGAAAAACGAAGAAAAUAAAUUUAAUUUGAAUCAUGUCGCUCCACGACUCUGCAUCGUCAGCAGCGGGAAGUAGCAGUGGAAGCUCUUCCUCGUUAUCAUCCUCGAAACCACCACCGUCUUCGCUGCAGCAAGAUAUCGUUAGACAUCUCGCCGGUGCUGGCUACACAAUCCGGUCGUCGGACCUACCACAAGUAGCUCAGCGACUUGAAAGACUCGAAACCGCUAUGGGCAGUUCUCCCGCAGAUUUCUUUCAACUCGCUUCCGACGCUAUCCUCUAUAACCCUUCUGAUCUGGCCUCCUGGGUCGACUCGCUCCUAUCCGAGUUCACUCAGCUUCCUACUUGCUGCUUUGAAUUCAUCUUGGCUCCCGUAGACAACGCGUGGACCACCGCAGAACUUCAUGAGCCGCGAGUGCAGCAGAAUAUUACUUACGAGCAACAGAGUUUGGAUCGUCAGUUGACGGUUGUAACGGCCAUGGAAGAAGAUUCCGAUAUAAGGCUGGUCCACAAGUUGAUGGCUUGUGCGGAGUGCGUCCAACGUGGUGAUUUCUCAUCGGCUACUUCAUUGAUCGACGACAUGCAAGGGUUACUGGCUCGUGUCAACACCGUUUGCGGUAUCCGUAAAGUUGCCGGACAUUUUAUCGACGCUUUAAGCCGCCGUAUUUUCCUAGGAAUUGGCGGCGGUUCCGUCGACGGUUGUGGCUCCGCUUUUGAGAACGAGAUUUUGUAUCACCAUUUCUACGAAGCUUGUCCGUACUUGAAAUUCGCUCAUUUCACGGCUAAUCAGGCUAUUCUCGAAGCUUUCGACGGCCACGAUUGUGUACACGUGGUGGACGUCAAUUUGAUGCACGGCUUACAAUGGCCAGCUUUGAUACAAGCACUCGCUUUACGUCCCGGUGGACCUCCUUUACUCCGUUUGACCGGCAUUGGAUCGCCGUCACCAGAUGGCCGUGACUCGCUUCGCGAAAUCGGUUCACGACUCGCUGUGUUGGCUCGUUCCGUCAACGUCCGCUUCGCCUUCCGUGGAGUCGCGGCUUCCAGGCUCGAAGACGUUAAGCCGUGGAUGCUUCAGGUGAAUCCAAAAGAAGCGGUGGCUGUUAACUCCAUCAUGCAGCUUCACUGCUUACUCAUAUCCGACCCGACCCUGAAUUCUCCUAUAGAAACGGUUUUAAACUGGAUCCGUGACUUAAACCCGAAAAUUUUGACCGUCGUUGAACAAGAAGCGAACCACAACCAGCUGGAUUUUCUGGACCGGUUCACGGAAGCUCUUUAUUAUUAUUCGAGGAUGUUCGAUUCUUUAGAAGCUUGCAGGGUGCAGCCGGAGAAAGCUUUAGCGGAGAUAUACAUUCAGAAGGAAAUACGCAAUGUGGUGAGCUGUGAAGGGUCGGCUCGAGUGGAAAGACACGAGCCACUGGCAAAGUGGAGGAGACGGCUAAGUGGAGCUGGGUUUAUGUCGUUACCUUUGGGGUCCAAUGCGUUUAAACAAGCUAGCAUGUUACUGACUUUGUUCUCGGCGGAAGGGUAUUCGGUCCAAGAAAAUGACGGGUGUUUGAGUCUGGGUUGGCACAGCCGCCCUCUCAUCGCGGCUUCGGCUUGGCAAGCCAUGCCUGAACCGGGGAGCUGUGUUUCCUGCCUUGAAUAAUCAUCUGUCAUGCUCGUAGUAGGGCAAAUAAUCCCAUAAUUUUAUUCUCAUAAGUAACUAUAUAUCUUGUAAACUACUGCUUUAAAAAAGUUAGGUUCAUGUCAUCUUACAUUUUAAUAAUCGU